AUGGUAUAUUUCUUUUUCAAGCACAACGGUGCCGAUCGUAGAUCGACUCGAUCCAUGCUGUGCCAUAUCAUCACACAGAUAAUCCACUCAGACGAUACAAUGAUGCGGUUUGCCUGCGAUAAAUGCUCUCCCUUAGACUACCUUCAUACUUCUUUCCUAAAAGGUCUAGCCUCAGAUUGCUUGUUAUUUCAGCGUGAUCACAUCAUCGUUCUUGAUGGCCUCGACGAGGCCCAGGACAAUGAACCAGAAAGCGUUCUAAAGUGGUGUCUCUAUGAUCUCCUCCAAACUGCCAUGUCGCAAGGGAGUCAUGUGAGAAUUCUGAUUUGCGGACAGGAAGAGGGAAGAAUUGAGCCAUUUCUAUCUUCGUACCCUCAAAUCCGACUACACACUUUAGACCCGCACAGGAAGGAUAUUGAGGAGUACUGCAAGGACCGGGCUUCUGUAAUCAGCUCCAGAUUCCGUCUUCCAUCUGAUGACGAAUCAGAUUUGAUCAUCAAAGUUUCAAAGGCAGCAAAAGGGCAUGUUUCUGUAUGCAAAAGUCGUGCUAGCAAACCUCAUAUCGAUAGAGUCGAGGAAGGAGUUCAAAGCCGAGCUCAAAGACAACGAGUUUCCACGAGACCUAGAUUAAGCGUUAGUUACGAGCGCAUUGUCCAGCGCAUUAUACAUACAGCUGGUAGGUCUGCGCAAGCAAGCGCUAAGCAGAUUCUUGGUUGGUUGAUCUGUUCUGAAAGACCACUUCGAUGGCGCGAGAUACAAUCAAGAUUCUGUAUAGAUGUUGACGACGAACUUUGCGACCAAGAAGACGUUCGUGCGGAUGGCUGCAAGAAGCUUUGCAGUUCACUAGUAGAUGUUACAAACUGUGAAAUGUUUCCAGGAGCCGAGUCUGAGCAGACUCUGACCAUGAUCCACGAAACAGCAAGCAAGUAUCUUAUCUACACCAAUACCGUUGAUGUUAUGCAAGAGCAUAUCGCCAUGUCCCUGUUUUGCUGCCGCUAUCUUGGUUCCAAACCCUUUUUCAGCAUUGAAACCGACGAAUUGAGGGAAGUGGUUGAAUCAGGCUACUUUGGUUUCAUGGACUAUGCUGCUUCAUCCUACGAACCUCACAUUAAGAAAGCCAAUCUCUUGCUAACCGAUGCUGGCUCGGACUUGGCGGUGAAAAUAAAAGACGCCUUGUCGAAUUUGGAAGACUCAUAUAAUACCAUCAUCCCACACGAUGCAGCUGAUAUGGAUGCGCUCGCAGGCAGCUCCGAGGAAACUAACAAAGUCCUUGUUCAAGCUAUACAAGAUAAGGUUUUGAUAUACGAACGACGAUUCACACCCACUGGGAUAAUCUGUCCCAGAACACAGGUUUCAAAGAACUCGAAGGCGAGAAAAGGCACAAGUGUCCUAUCAUUCAUUGCGACAAGUUCUGUGUUGGCUACCUGA